GGGAGGGGGUCGUUGCAACUGAAGGGACCGUGGAGGCCUUUCCGGCUGCGGAGUCUGAGGACCUGCGGCGGUCUCCGGAGCUCUGGCGGGCGGGGGGCUUCCCAGAGACUGGAGAUGCCCAAGGCAGCUCCUGAAGGGAGGGUUACCGGAGACCGGGACAGCUUCCAGAACUACCGCCCGGCUGGCCAGCCUACCUCGAGGAGCGCGCCCCGGCGGGAACUGUGAUGACAGGACCUGAGACGGGGGAGGGGAGUUAGUCCAUAAGGGACCAUCUCAUUCGGAAGAAGCCCGCCGUUUUAACAAAUGAGGAAACUGAGGCGGAGGGAAGUUGAGGAGUUGGCUAGAGCAGAAGCCCGGUUUCCCAGCGACUUCUACGUGGGCUUUUUCUAUUCGCACCGUCUCCUUUGCUUCCUGAGCUGAAAUAGUGGGGACCCAGACCCAAGAGGAAGCUGAGGAUCCUUUUUCUGUGUGCUGAGGGAUCUUAACGUCCUUUUAGGUGGCAAAAGGACCUAACACAUUAACAUAGUCCAUUUACCACGUUAAUAGUUGCCUGAUCACAAACAACUAAAGGUUCUUGUGAAUCACAUCUCAGAGGUUGAGAUUUCCUAAACAUGUAUUGAAUCCUUAAAGUUCCAUCCGCAGUGUCUCAAACUAGUUGUUUACUAGUCACCAUGAGUAAGGGAGUUUGGGUGGUUGACUGAUAGCUGGCGCAGUAAAGGAAAGUCUGUAAUACUAGGCAACUGAGGGCUGGAUGUCCAGGAUUGGAUUCCUUUGCGUUCCUGGAAGAGCUGGUUACUCCCUUUGGUUUAUUGGUGUAGAUCCUUUGCCCCUACCUGGACAGACAUACCCUGAACUCCAGCUGUUUCUCCUAUAUGGCGGCCCUCUCUCCCCAUAAGACUAAGUUAAAAGGUUAGACCCUGGGAGAUACCCUAUGCUUUCAGAGUAAUUCUAUCCCUUUCUUCCACCUUAAUAGGUUGUCCUUCAUACAUGCAUUGACGUUACUGUCCCAGGAAAUCUGCUUUUGGAUGUGUUUUUGUAAGACUAAAGAGUCGGUGCUGAAUUAUUCCCACUUUCAUCUAGUGCAUGCUUCCCUCUAAGCGAGUGUAGCAGGGUCAUCUUUCCUCCUCACCUGUCAAACAGUUCAUAUUUUUUAUACUUUUUUUUUGGGGGGGGGGUUAGUUUAUAUUCUUAGGUAGUUUAUACUGUUAUCCUCUUACGGAGUUUAUACAAAUCCCCUGGAGGCCCUGGCCUGGUGAGAUAUGAAGAAUUCACCAGUGUUUCUCUACAGAGCAGAGUGCUAAAGGGCCUCAAGGGGAGGAACCUCACAACUGUGCUCCAAAAGUAAAGGCCUCAUCUAGCAGUCAUUCACACUUUCUUUCUCCUGGAGGAGGGGCUCAUGCAUAUCCCAUGAGCCACUGGGUGGCUAGAGCCAAGCUAGAACCCAGGAACUGUCUAAGAAAAUCCUGGCGGGGUUGGGGAAAAUAGGUCACAGUGGCUGGACAGUGAGGUCACAGAGAGGUUUGUCUUCCCAGACUCCAUGGGGGAGGGGCCUAGAAGGCUGAGGGGCCCCAGAGGUCCCCCAAGCCCAGGCGGGGGACAUGGUGUGGGAAAGGCAGCAGAAACGGGGGCCAGGGAGCUGACUACGGGGGAGUCAGGGGGCCCGGAGGAUGAGGGCAGGGGCAGAGACGGGGCAGUCAAGAUGGUGAAGCGGAGCUGCCCUUCAUGUGGCCCAGAGCCUGGGGGUGAAGAGAAGAAGGGCAGAGGGAACCCUAUUUCUGUUCAGCUGUUCCCCCCAGAGCUGGUGGAGCAUAUCAUCUCAUUCCUCCCAGUCAGAGAUGUAGUCGCUCUGGGCCAGACCUGCCACUACUUCCGUGAAGUGUGCGACGCUGAGGGCGUGUGGAGACGCAUCUGUCGCAGGCUUAGUCCUCGUCUACGAGAGCAGGGCUCUGGGGUCCGGCCCUGGAAGAGAGCUGCCAUUCUUAACUACACGAAGGGCCUGUAUUUCCAGGCAUUUGGAGGCCGCCGCCGCUGUCUCAGCAAGAGUGUAGCCCCCCUGCUAGCCCAUGGCUACCGCCGCUUCUUGCCCACCAAGGACCAUGUCUUCAUUCUUGACUACACGGGGACCCUCUUCUUCCUCAAAAAUGCCCUGGUCUCCUCUACCCUGGGCCAGAUCCAGUGGAAGCGAGCCUGCCGCUAUGUUGUAUUGUGUCGCGGAGCCAAGGAUUUUGCCUCGGACCCAAGAUGUGACACCGUUUACCGUAAAUACCUCUAUGUAUUGGCCACCCGGGAGCAGCCAGCAGUGGUAGGCACAACGGGCAGCCGGGCCUGUGACUGUGUCGAGGUCUAUCUGCAGUCCAGUGGGCAGCGGGUCUUCAAGAUGACCUUCCACCACUCCAUGAGCUUCAAACAGAUUGUGCUCGUUGGUCAGGAGAACCAGCGGGCUCUACUGCUUCUCACAGAGGAAGGAAAGAUCUACUCUUUGGUAGUGAAUGAAACCCAGCUGGACCAGCCACGCUCCUACACAGUUCAGCUGGCCCUGAGGAAGGUGUCCCGUUGCCUGCCUCACCUUCGUGUGACCCGCAUGGCUUCUAACCAGAGCAGUACUCUCUACAUCACAGACCAGGGGGGAGUAUAUUUUGAGGUGCAUACCCCAGGGGUGUAUCGUGAUCUCUUUGGGACCCUUCAAGCCUUUGACCCUCUGGACCAGCAGAUGCCGCUUGCUCUCUCGCUGCCUGCCAAGAUACUAUUUUGUGCUCUUGGCUACAAUCACCUUGGCUUGGUGGAUGAAUUUGGCCGAAUCUUUAUGCAGGGAAAUAACAGAUAUGGGCAGCUGGGAACAGGGGACAAAAUGGACCGAGGGGAACCCACACAGGUGCAUUAUCUGCAACGUCCCAUUGCUCUGUGGUGUGGCCUCAACCACUCUCUGGUGCUGAGCCAGGGCUCGGACUUCAGCAAGGAGCUUCUGGGCUGCGGCUGUGGGGCUGGAGGCCGCCUCCCUGGCUGGCCUAAGGGGAGUGCCUCUUUCGUGAAGCUCCACGUCAAGGUCCCUCUGUGUGCCUGUUCCCUCUGCUCUACCAGAGAGUGCCUCUACAUGCUGUCCAGCCAUGACAUCGAACACCAUCCCACCUACCGGGACCUACCAGCCAGCAGGGUGGUGGGGACCCCCGAGCCUGGCCUGGGAGCUGGAGCACCCCAGGACCCUGGGGGGGCAGCCCGGGCCUGUGAGGAGUACCUCAGCCAGAUCCACAGUUGCCCCACAUUGCAGGAUCGCAUGGAAAAGAUGAAGGAGAUCGUGGGUUGGAUGCCCUUGAUGGCUGCACAGAAAGAUUUCUUCUGGGAGGCCCUGGACAUGCUGCAGAGGGCUGCUGGAGGGGUUGGCCCGGGCCCCGCAACCCCUGAGAGCUGAGCCCCUUUCCUAGUCUUACCCCUGGAGGGAGAGUCUGGCCCUGGGCCAGGAGCUAAGGAGAGUGGGAUGGUAGCAAUAAACAUUGUAUGUGCACAUGGGGAGGGGUGGGAAUUGCUAGGCUUGCCAGGGUGGGCAGGGAACCGUUUUGUAAAAUGUUCAGGGGGCUGCCCGGGAGGGACCCCCAACCUGACUAUCAUGGACAAGAGAUUUGAUGGGCAAAUAGAAUAAAAGGCUGAAGUGA